CUUACAACACUACCAAGUAUAUCCACAGCAAUCGUAUUGUUGGUUACUGGACCUACAGAGCUGCUGUAAGGGUAUUUCUACUAAAUGAUGAAAGCUCGAAUAAUUCAUACUCAAAGCAAAUCAGGACACCCACAGCUCCGGCAGGUACAGUUCAUGUAUUCCGUGUUAUUAUUCUGGGACAUAAUCAUUCCGAUGCUAAAGUUUGGUGGAGAUGUCCACAUGAGAAGGAGCGCAAUGGUAUUAUAACAAACUACACUGUAGAAAUAAAAUUGAAUGGAUCUGAAGACACUACUUUUUAUACAAUUCCUAAAGAUGAAAAUAUCAAUAACGAUUAUUGCAAGUAUGAAAAAAAUAUUGAAAUUAAACCAGGGAGUGUUUAUACAUUUACCAUACGAGCAAACAAUGAAGAUUAUCUUGGUAAAAAAUUUGUUGAAGAAUAUACUGCAGAGGAAGCUAAAACAAUUGACGAACAGGUAAUACGAAAGUUUAUCACGUGGAAACAAGCAAAAGAAGCUGAUUUUAAUUCGCCAUUUUUAGUAACAAAGGGAGAUUGGAUAAAACUCUCUAAUAAUUCGGAGCGAUUGCGUUUUCGUGUACCAGUGUUGGGUGUUCAUAUACAUAUCUAG